GGUAGUUUGAGAGCGCGGGGAGGACUUGAAGUGGGUUUACAGCUGCAGUGGAGUAAAACCAGUUAAAUGCCCAGCAUGUGGAGUCAUGGAUAAAUACGAGAGGGUCACCAAGAUUGGCGAGGGCUCCUUUGGGAAGGCCAUCCUGGUCCAGUCCAAAGAGGAUGGCAAGCAGUACGUCAUCAAGGAGAUCGGCAUCUCACGGAUGUCCAACAAGGAGCGUGAGGAGUCUCGGAAGGAGGUGGCUGUAUUGGCCAACAUGAGCCACCCCAAUAUCGUACAGUACAAGGAGUCCUUCGAAGAGAGCGGCUGCCUGUACAUUGUGAUGGACUACUGUGAGGGCGGCGAUCUCUUCCGCCGGAUCAACACUCAGAAGGGGGCACUGUUUCCCGAAGAGCAGAUUUUGGAUUGGUUUGUGCAGAUCUGCCUGGCGCUGAAACACGUUCAUGACCGCAAGAUCCUGCACCGGGACAUCAAAUCGCAGAACAUAUUUCUGACCAAAGAUGGAACUGUUCAGCUGGGUGACUUCGGGAUCGCCAGGGUGCUCAGUAGUACCGUGGAGCUGGCCAGGACGUGCAUCGGGACCCCUUACUACCUGUCCCCAGAGAUCUGUGAAAACAAGCCCUACAAUAACAAGAGUGAUAUCUGGGCCUUGGGGUGUGUCCUGUAUGAAAUGUGCACGCUUAAGCAUGCAUUCGAGGCGGGGAACAUGAAGAACCUGGUGCUGAAGAUAAUUCGGGGCUCCUAUCCCCCGGUGUCGGUACACUACUCCCUGGAGCUGCGAAACCUCAUGGCUCAGCUUUUUAAGAGGAACCCCCGGGAGCGGCCGUCUGUCAGCACCAUCCUGCAGAAGCCCUUCCUGUCCCGCAGAAUCCACAGGUUCCUCACACCACAGCUCAUCGCUCAGGAAUUCAGCCACACUGCUCUUCAUAAACAGCCUCAUGCCUCUGCACCACAAGGGAUACCAGCUAAGCGUCCGGCCCUGGGCCCUGCCUCUGUAGCACCAGCUCAGAAGAUCACCAAACCAGCUGCCAAAUACGGAGUGCCUUUAACCAUCAGGAAGUCCUCAGACGCGGCCAAGAAGCCCGCCGACAGGAAGCCGCCGGCCAGACACAAGCAGGCCCCCUCGCCGGCCCCCCAGCGGACAGUGAGUCGUGCAGAGGAAGAGAGGAGGAAGUACGAGGAGGCUGCGCGGAAGAAACGCAUUGAACUGAUGGAUAAAGACAGGAAACAAAGGGAGCAAAUGUUACUGCUGAAAGCAGGACAGAUGAAGCGUUUUGAGAGGGAGAAGCUGAACCGGAUCAAUCGGGCGCGAGAGCAGGGGUGGAGGCACGUGCUGAGCGCCAGCGGGGGUGGUGGCAGCCCCGAGAAGAAGGCUCAGUUUUUUGGAGGUGGGGGUGGGAUGGCAGUAGUCCCAGUCCCAGUGCCAGCUGUGGCCCCAGUCCCAGCCCCAAACCGAGGGCAGGUGGAGCAGCAGCACCCUGCACCGGAGCUGAGCCCCAAACUACAGCCCAAAGAGGGGGCCAAGAUGGCCAGGGACAGCCCCACCAGGGACGUGCCAGCUGCUGUGGGACCAGUGCUGCCCAAUGGCCCUGCCCGUCUGCCCAACCAUGACGCCCUCAGGAGAGAGCUGCGGCGACUGGAGCAGGUCACCAAGCACGCUAAUGCUAACAGGCAGCGCGGGCUGGUGGCAGCAGAAAGGGCCAAGCAGGUGGAGGAGUUCUGGCAGCGCAAGAGGGAGGCCAUGUUGAACAAGGCCCGGGCUGAAGGACAGCUGGUACGGGUCCCACUCUUCCACAUCCUCCUGUUCUUCACCACCCCUCCAUGCUAUGUGGUGCAAUGGUGCUGUGUCACACACAGGGCAGUAUGGUUUUGGGGUGCAGUUUAACUGGCGCUGAUGACCCCCCCCUCUCUCUAUCAGAGAGAGCAGUGAAUCCGCAGGCCUCUGGCUCAGAGGUGUGGCUCUGAUUGCCUUGUCACCGCCAUGUUUACGCGCCCCGGCACACACUGUCUCCGAGCGCCGCCCAGCACCCCAAAAUCCCACCUUUAAACUCCGUCAUCAAUCAGUCUUCCUGACAGACAUUUUCCAAGAGUGUAGACAUCACAGAAGUAGUCUUGUAAAACCACCAUAUCAGCUUGUUUCAGGCCCUCUUGUCCUUUUGUGUUUCUUUGGUUUUAUCUUUAGCAUAUUAUUUAAAAAGUAUUUUUUAAAUGGCAAAGUGAUGCUGGCUGUAGUCUGUGCAGUGAAAUAACAAGUCUUCAGACUCUCAGAAGUGCUAUUAAUGCCUCCAUAUGUUUCUCCACAAGGUGUCAUCAUUCUUAUCCAAGCCAAAAAACAAACGUAUAAAAAAAUAUGCUUCAAGACAGAGAGCUUAUGAUCCUGGCAGAUACGUAUACGUAUUUUUACACAACAAACAAUCUGUUUUUUUUCUUUUACUCAGUUUUUCUUUAGAUUUGUUAGCUCGUGAAAAAUCAUUGUAGGCUAUACAGUACAGGGGAAGUGUCUGGCUGCCCUCUGUUUGCAGGCCCUCAACCUUUCAGCUGUGUUUAAGCUGCUCUCUUCCCCUCCUGCUGUUUGCAUGUGUGUCCCCUCGGCUCGGAAAGCCCUUUCACAUUCAUUUGAAUGUCUGCUGAGAUGAUUAAAAGGGGGUCUGUGCAGUCAUGUUACGCUCAGAGUGCAGUUGUGUGGUCGUGAUGCCGUCAGUGUUGUGUUGCGGUCGUGGUGUGGUCACUGUGCUCUCACCGUGCGGUCAUGGUGUGGCUACUGCCAUCACGGUGCUGUCACAGUAUGGUCGUGUUCCGGUCAUGGUGUGGUCACAGGCAGGUGUGUGUAUGUGCCCCUCUGAACUGUGGUUGAAUUGAACGAUGAACAGGGCACCCGGCAGAACCUGGCUGCUCUGUAUGGGAACAGGCCCAGUUCCACAGGAGGCCGGAA